AUGACCGGUAGACCAGCCGCAACUGAUGGUUUCUCUGGUGUCCAUAAACAAAGAGAAGCCACGUCCCGGAAGAAGCUUUCAUUGAAGCGUAGACCGAUUGGCGCGGUGAAGAGUGAUAUUCAUCAAUCGAAGGCAUUCAAUGACGGGCACAGCGAUGGCGGCAAAGAAAACUGUCACUGCCCAACACACCACAGCACCUCUCACACCACGUGCACUGCCGACAAAGACUGUACUGUCUCUCAGUACCACAAACCAUGCAACAAAGGGGGCACGUUAACAACGGCUUACGUCAGCCACGAAGCGAACGAAGCUGUGCCAGGUUCACCGCCCAACAGUCCCGGGUCGCCGUCCCUGCUCGCUUCGCAAUACGUAUACGGACGGCAUGAGAGCGAAACUGAUGGCGACGGUGUGAUCCUAGGAAGUGAGGAUGAGGAUUCGGCCGAUGAGAGCCUUCGGAAAUACCGAACUUCAGCCGGAAAAUCAAAAAGAGAGGCCAAUGGCAAGAUACACACUGAUACUGUUGGAAGUGAUGCGGACGUCAAGAAGCGUGUGUCUAGCCAAUCAGGGAGUGGUAGUGGUGGUGAUUCUGAGCGGAGUGAUACGGUACGAGUCAGAAAACGACGCGGCAGAAAGGAGCGGACUUUGGCACGUGUGAGGGUCGCCGACAGAGAUACAGAGCUCUUGAAUAAUGAUCGGGACUCUGCAACAACAGUGAGGGCAGGUUGUUCUUCCACGGCAACUGGUGGUGUACCACCCGUCAGGCAAGAGGAGGAAUCAAGGCGCGCUGCAGCUGAAACACUUUGUGAGGGUAUUGAAUCUGACGCAACAAAUAAUGUGUUAGAGACGGAAACGAACAACGAGUUGGCUGGCACCUCUGUACACACGCACCCAUCUCCCAGCAAUACUACGGGCACAGAGCAGCACGACAGCGCGCGUACAACACAGCCCGAUGUCACGGGUGCGAAGUCUCGCGACAGGCAUGGAAAGGCCUACACCUAUGGCCACGAUCGGAGCAUGUUGGUGGAACUAAUUCUGAAGGAGUUGGCUGAGAGAGAAGGGUUCGCUCACUUUGCUUGCAGCACCCAUGGGACGUGUGUAGAAGUGCAGCUGCCGGUGCUCCGCAUCGAGCGCUUGCACUACACCAUGCCCUGCCAGGCCGAUCAAAAGCUGUGGUGUGCAAGGAGCAUACCAGCAUGUGAGGAGACGGCGUGGGCGGCUAAAGGGGCGAACGUGGAUGAUCCUCUAAGCACGAUCGAACACACCGCUAUGGCGCCAUACAAGAAAGAAGACUUAGCGAGAGAAUAUACGGAAACGGUGGCGCAAAGUGGAGUGGAUAUGGUUGAUGAUGAUAGGAAAGGUUUACAUCCCCAGGUGACAACGACCACUUUGACAUGCACAACCAGUGCAACAGCUGAAAAGGAUGGGUCGCGCGAAAAGCCUGAUUUGGAGGCCAAAAGUCAAAGCUCAGUUAAAUCUGAAGGCCUACCUGAAUCCCUAGCUGAUACCCAUGCUGUUCUGUCAAAGGGCAAUGAUUCCGACUCAAACUCCAUGCCACCGGCGAUGCAACUCAGUCAGAUCCUACGGGUUAAGCAGCAAUCGCCUGAACCUACUACAGCACGCGCCGGCAAAGGCUGCGAAAAUGUCGCGCGUACCGAACAUCGGCAAGGCCGUGAGAGUCCACUUUUGAACGCAGCGAAAGUGACCAUCCAAGACCAUCAAGAACGGGUGGCGGAAGAAAAUGGACCAGUACAUGCGAGCGAAGGGGAGUGUGGGGCUGUAGGUAGACGGAGUGGGAGCAGGAGCUGCACUAAGAAAACACCCAUGCGGCCUGGCCCAAUGAGAGGGGUGAAACAACGAUCCACAACCGCAGUGAUUGACUUGGAGUUGCAGACACCCCGCUCGCAAAGGUUGAAACGACGGCGUAUGGCUGACCGUGGGCGAGCGCGUUCGUACACUCCAACGCCAGUGCUCGGUCUAGUAGCACCUGGUGAAGCACUGAAACAGGAAUCGGCUGUCACCUUCCUGUCCGCCAAGAAGGCAACCAGGGCACGAGGCUCUUCAGCACAGAACACGCACACCCCUCAGCGACAAAGACAUCCACAGCAACCAGCCACUGGCCAAGACCUGUCGGUUAUCGAGGACAUUGAGUCCUACCCAAACACGGACACCGGCACCCCUCACCCGCGCACACUCGCACGUACGUGUACAAACUCGCCAGAGCUCGCACGCGUACAUUUGGGGACGCAGACACGCGCACCGCCGAAUGCACUCGUUGCCAUGGAAGGGGAUGAAAUGUCGCCACAACCAGUAAGGCCGGAAAGUAGAAGGUGUGAGCACACCGUAAACACGCUCGCGCAAAGUGCGGCGAUGGGGAUGGAGGGAUAUGACAACAGCGUUGACGAUGACUCUCAGUGGGAUCAAGUCGCGCAAUCGGUAGUCAAGCCUGUGGCCGUUGACACCACAGACUAUCUGCACCUGGGCCAGGGCGCCAGUCUAAACACCCAAGCUCUGUAUGACAUGAUUCGAGAGGAGGCUGAAUCGCCCUUAAAAGAGACGGUCAAUGCAGAUACGGGAGCCAAUACCCAGGACAUGAAGGAAUCCGUGAAAAACAAUGCCGACAUGGUCCAUAGUCUACCGGUCGCUGUGGCGUGUCCCUUGUGCUACAAACGGUUUUCUUCCAGGGAAAUCCAGUCCCACGCCGCCAGCUGUGAUGGGUCUGCCGACGACGAUCGAAAGACGACGUCACAAAAAGGCGGAGAAAGGCACUCCGUGAAUUGUGCGAAUUCACCAGUGGUAGCUAUCGACAUCGACAACGACGAGAGUCCUGGAACGGCGCCCACGAGCGAUGCCUACGCACGCGCCUCUACAUACGCCAUACCACACGUCCUGACAGCUGUCGAUUCCUCGCACGACCUACCCACACAGUCGGAUCAGUGGAUUAAACCAAACUCGAAGAGGGCCGGCCGGAAUGGGCAAAAAGCAGAGCACAAUAAGGCUCCGCUUGUGCGACCCAACAUCAAGGUCAUCUAUCCUGGGCGAGCGAAACAGAUGGGCUCGAAAAGCAAUCAGACCAUUAAAGAGAUGUUUGGCAAGUUGGAAGAUGGGGCGAGCAGACCCAACCGACCGUAUGCAGCGGCAAUCUUAUCGAGCGUUGCAUUGAGUUCCAAAGGUCCAACACAUGCCGAAGUUCGGGGGAUCGCAUCUCGGAUAAGUGGAAAGGGUGCCGCAAGUCGAUCAGACACUCACGCCGGGGCAACGGGUACGGGCCUGUUCAAGCAACCCAUACGGCCAACACUCACGCACAGAGAGUCAUACAGAGUUCAAGAUGAUAGCAACAAGUCGAUUGCAAGAGACAGCAGCAGUCACGGUGCGCACAGAAGUACCGUCGAGCCUCAGCAGAAGACGAGAAGGUCGAAUAGGGCCACAAACAGCACAGCUCAGGUGGCCAGCCUGGGGUUGGAUGCUAUUUGUGAGCGCACACCAGGGCGAAGGUCGCAUCAACAAAAGAAACAGGGCCCUAUAUCAGUUGACAGUGACAGCAAUGACAGUUUAGAUGAGAUUUUGUCCAAUAUGACUAAAAGUCAGCGCACCCGCCAGCAAACGGACGAUGUCACUUCCAUUCCAGCUACACACAUCCACUCAACCUCUGUGCGCUUCGAUGAUGAGGACAAUGAUGCGUCAGAUCCGCUGCGUGACCCGGACCCUGGUAAAACGGGUUAUCUGACAGAAACGUACGACCCCGAUAACAUGAUUGAUGAGGCCCUAUUUGCCAAUAUGAGUCCCAUCAAAGGAUUUGUACCGUUAGCUGAGCCCCAUUCGCAGUUCCUCGCAGAUCAAUUCGGCAACUCGCGGGUGGGUGCCAAAGGCGUUCCGGCAAAAGCGACAGUCUGUCCGCUUCACAUUGCAGGAUCGCGAUCGCAAACUAGGAGACGCCCGGCCACUAAAAAGGCAUCAGGGCGUGCUCGAGGGAGUGGGGGGUGGAAUUAUCGAAGGAAAAAAAAGUGACAUUGCAGUAUUGCAAUCUGAUAUUUAAACAAUUCUACGAUCAAAAUAAGUCUUCAGUAUAAACUCUGACCCGUCAAUGCUUUAAACUUUAGUGCUUUGUUGACGUUCAGGCGACCCAAUGAUAGUACAACUCGGCUUUGUGGCCCACUUGCUUGCGACGGUUUCCGUCUAAUAGUGGAAUAUCAAAUUUGAAAAACAAAAUAAAUACAG